CUUACCUACAGUCGUAGAGAAAAAUGGCAGCGCACGUGGCGUGAGGGUACAUGUGUGUACCUGGAGGCGGUCAGACACGGUAUUUCGUCUCACUUUGUUUACUCGAGAAGAAUCUGAUUUUUACAAUGAUGCAAAGAUUAUCUUAUCCCCUUAAAAUGAUAUCACGGUGCAAGACACGAAGAUUUUUAAAUAAUUUUAUUCAACUGUCGACUGCUGAUACGUCACUGAUUUCAGUAUGCGCGCCAGAGAAAAAAAAGGCGAUAGAGCAAUACUGGCGCGAUAAAAUUAAUCUUCACAAGCCUAGUGUUGAUGGUGAUGCCAAAGAUCAAUUUUAUGUUCUUUCUAUGUUUCCAUAUCCUUCUGGUGCCUUGCACAUGGGUCAUGUUCGGGUUUAUACAAUAAGUGACACUGUUGCUCGAUUUUACAGACUGAAAGGUAAAAAUGUAAUUCAUCCGAUGGGCUGGGAUGCCUUUGGGUUGCCAGCGGAAAAUGCUGCUAUUGAGAGACAAAUCAAUCCUGCUGUAUGGACGAAUGAAAAUAUAGAGACAAUGCGUAAUCAAUUAAAAAGGUUAAAUUAUUCUUUUGAUUGGGAUAGAGAAUUUGCAACCUGUGAUCCAGAUUAUUACAAGUGGACUCAAGAAUUGUUUCUAAAGCUGUUUGAUAAAGGUUUGGCCUAUCAGAAGGAAGCCUAUGUUAAUUGGGAUCCUAUUGAUCAGACUGUACUAGCCGAGGAACAGAUAGAUGCAAAUAAGCGAUCUUGGAGAUCUGGUGCACUUGUAGAAAAAAAAUUGUUGAAGCAGUGGUUUAUUAGAACAACAGCUUUCGCAAAAUCAUUGUUAGAGGGUUUGGAUGAUCCAACCUUGAAGGAAUGGAGAGACAUUAUAAAAAUGCAAAAACACUGGAUAGGCGAUUGCAAUGGCAUUAGUAUAGAUUUUAAAUUAGUAUCCAAAAUUCCAGAGUUCCCAGGGAUGUUAAAUGUAUGGACUGAUAUGCCAGAAUUUGUAGAGUAUGCAAAGUUUGUUGCUAUUUCCCCUCAAAGUAUUUUGCACCGUAAAGAACACACAUACGAAAUAGACGCCGGAAUAAAAGGUUUAAACGCAAAAAUAAUAAAUCCUUUUUCCGGUGAAGAACUGCCAGUAUUUAUCACUGAUAAAGUCGUUUACCCACCAUGGAGAGAUGCCCGCUUGGGUAUACCCUCGGCAUCGAUGGACGAUCUAAAAUUCUCGGAGUUGGUUGGAAUACCAUUUACCCGGCAUUCGAUUCGUAGUUACGAACAGCAACAGCAAAAGAUAGCCGAAGUAUUUCAAAAGGCUAGAGAGUGGGGAAUAGGUGGAUAUCCAGUGAGCUCGAGAUUACAGGAUUGGUUGAUCUCUAGGCAGAGGUAUUGGGGAACACCUAUACCCAUUAUUCAUUGUACAAAGUGUGGCGCACAACCUGUACCCCGCGAUCAACUUCCUGUGACAUUACCAAAAAUGGUGCACUCGGAUUUGAACAAAAGGUUCUCCAUUCACGAUGCGAAAGACUGGUUGCAAACGACAUGUCCCAAGUGCGGAGGAGAGGCGACUAGGGAAGCUGAUACAAUGGACACAUUCGUAGAUAGUAGCUGGUACUUUCUAAGAUUUAUAGAUCCCAAAAAUAAAAAAGAAAUGUUUUCGACAGAAAAAGUUAAGAAGGCCUUUCCUGUAGAUCUCUAUAUAGGUGGAAAAGAACACGCUGUGCUCCAUUUAUACUUUGCUCGAUUUAUGAGUCACUUUUUACAUUCGGAAGGUCUUUUACCAUGCCGAGAACCGUUUAAACAACUUCUAGUGCAAGGAGUAGUAAUGGGUAAAACGUAUCAAGUUAUAAGUACUGGCAAAUACAUACCAGAAAAUGAAGUGAUAAUGGAAAAAAAUCAAUACAAGACAAAGCAUGGAGAAGUUGUCUCUAUGCACUGGGAAAAAAUGUCAAAAUCAAAGUACAAUGGAGUCGAUCCUCUUAAUCUAUUGAAUAAAUAUGGGAUAGAUGUGACAAGAUUAUUAAUACUGGCCGAUGUUGCACCAACAUCUACUAGAAAUUGGUCGGAAGAUACUAUUAAAGGUAUAAUUAAUUGGCAAAACCGUAUUUGGACUUGUAUUAAACGGUUUAAGAAUGAACGCGAUAAGAUGUCUCCAAAAGAAUUCAAGAACGAACCUACCGAUCCUAAAUAUGCCGAACACGAUGCGUACAUGUUCGACAGUCGAAAUUACUUUCUCAAAAACGUCACAUUUAACAUAGUAGAAUCGCAGCAACUUAGUGUAGCGAUAUCUCGAAUGCAAGGACUUACAAAUAGUUUGCGAAAAGUUGGCAUAGAGUGUAUAAAAAAAAGUCGCGAAUACGAGCGAGCGUUAGCUGUUCAAAUUAUAAUGCUCGCUCCAUUCGCUCCACAUUAUGCCUCCGAAUUAUGGGCCAUCUUUCGUUCUGCAAAGUAUCACCUCAUAAGUAAUACAGAAGUUGACUUGAACAAAGAUGUAUUUGAACAAAAAUGGCCAGAUAUUGAUAUGGACUAUAAUCUUGUGAUGAAUGUUUAUGUGAACAAAAGGGACUUUCUUAAAAUGAAGAUUCCUCGAUGUAAGUUGGACGAAAUGACGGCAGAUACAGCGUUGGAAUACGUGAUUCUAGAUCCAUAUUACCAAAAAUAUUCGUACAAUAAAAAUGUUUUAACGAUCAAUUUUGAAUCAGUGAAAGGCUGUGAUGCAUCAUUGUACAUAACCAUGGAAAAACAAAAAGAAGAUUAGAUAAGAGAUGUUCCACACCAUCGUUUAGAAUAUCUCUGAAAAUCCAAUCUGAAAUUCUGUAAUGAAAGAAUAUAUACUAUAUAUGUGUGUAUAUAUUAUAAUAAAUGUACAAAUGUAAUAAGAUUAAUAUUUAAGAUUUUGUAGCUUGCAUUUGAAGGCUAAAGAAAUUUGAAGAGUUUUAUAUUAAUUAAAUGUAUAUAUAGUUUUAAGAAGAUUCUUAUAAAAAUAUAAAUAUAUUCUUAAAAAUGAAUAUAUUUAGAAAACUUUUUAAAUGAAGACCUUUAAAUGUAAUCUUACUUUUGUAAUUGUCUUUGAUCUUUUUCAAGAUUUAGUAUUAUAUGAUGUGUUUAGUAUUAUAUUGUGUGAAUUAUAUAUAAUUGUUGCAUUUUCUUUAAUCUUUUUGUUUUUCUUUUUUUAUAUCAUAUAUUAUAGUCGCAGAGGAACCACAACGAUUUAGGUAAUGUUGGGGUUUGUAUGGCCUCAUCCAUUGCAAUACUACUGUAUGAUAUAUUAAUAUAUUGAAAUUAUUAAACAAAAUUAUAUUAUUUAAAAAAUGUUCCACAUAUGCAAUUAAUAUAAUAAAUUAAAUAU